AUGAAGCCUGCAAUUGACUACAUCUGCAUGGUCAAAGCGGGAAAGGCGGAAACUCAGCUGGUACAAAACCUCGAGAUCGUGAAGCUGUUCCCAAUUCCAGUCGUGGAAGACGGCAAUGUCGUAUUUCGCCAAGCGGGAUUUCCUACAGCCGGGGCGCAUCUGCUGAAAGACAUCACGGCAGAGGAAUUGGAGCCGUUGUGGAAGGACCUGAAACCGGAGGUGUUUGGGAAGUACCAUGACCCGUUCCGCUUUGUCAUUGACCUGAGCUCUGCUCCCGUCGUUGGGACGCCUUCACCAGCUGGCAGCAACACAUCGUCACCGGCAGCUUCACCUCGGCCUGGCUCGCCCACCUCUGCGAGUAAGACUGCAACCACCUUCGAAAGAGACAAGCGAGGAGGCUCAACGUCAAGCACGUCUUUUGAAGACGCCCCGCCUAAGAGCGAGCACCAGGCAGCUGCCGACGACAUUCCAUCAACCUCCGCUCCUGCCGUCACGACAACCACCCACUACAUCAGCCGCCAGGGUGACGAGUUCAAAGCAACUAUUAUCUCCUUCCAAGACGGGGGUCCGGUCCAACAAGGCCCCAUGAAACUGAAGAAGUACUACUCGGACUACGCCCAUGGCCAGUUGGCGAGUCCGACGCACAUAGUGUUCACGAACGGAGUUCCGCCCGACUUCUUUCAAAGAGGCUGA